AUUUGAAAUCUUGUAAAAUUUAUAUUCAAUGAUUGUAAUAUCCAAAAAUAUGGCGCCCGAGUGAAGGACGCUCAAUUGAGGAUACGAAGUAUUAGAAAAUUUAUAGAAAUAAAGUGAUAAACUUUCGAGAGAAAUGAGUAAUCUUUCACCAUUCGGUGGUGGAAAGAAUCCACCUUGGGUUCGUAAUACAGGACAAGGUAUUCAAAAUAUUCAACAGCAAAUGUUAGGUCAGGCAAUGGGUACUAUCGGUGGACAACCUAUGGUUCAAUAUCAGCAACAAACACAGCAAGUGUAUCAACAAAGCUUAGGUUUACAACAGCCCAAUAUAACGAUGGCUUCAAUGGCUACUCUUGGUUCUAAUCUACCAUCUGGAAUAGCUGGACAAUUAUAUCCGCAAGUUGCUACUGUUUCUUAUCCAACGCCAAGAGCUUUAAAUACAAAUGCAUUUCAACCAUCAGUAGCUGGUGUGCCCCAACAAGUGCAACAAAAUGUACCUUCGUCGUCGCCAAAACAAAGAGUCUUUACAGGAAUAGUUACUAAAGUACAUGAUAAUUUUGGUUUUGUCGAUGAAGAUGUAUUCUUUCAAACAAGUGCUUGUGUAAAAGGUUCUAAUCCAAUAGUAGGAGAUCGUGUACUUGUAGAAGCAUCUUACAAUUCUUCUAUGCCAUUCAAAUGGAACGCAACUAGAAUACAAGUAUUACCCAUGGGAAAUAAUAAUAAUAAUACUAAUACACAGCAGACAAAUCAAGCUAAUCGACAACAACAACAAGUAAAUCGGCCAUCGGGAACUUAUAAUGCAGUGCCUCCUCCUACAGAAAAUGCAAAUAAUAGGUUUACAACUACUACAACAAAUACAAAUACGACUAGUAAUCGUAACAAAGUUGGGAGAGUUAGGGAGCGAUCACCCCGUGAACGUAGGAAUGAAGAGGAAGAGAUCGAAAGAAAACGACGUCGAGAGGAAAGAAUAAGAGAACGUGAGAAAAAAGAAGAACGUAGUCCAUCAAGAACUAGAAGAAGUAAAUCUCCUAGACCUCGUAGACGUACCAGAGUAGUGCCACGGUACAUGGUGCAAAUACCAAAAAUCGCGCUCGAUUUACCUGAAGCAGAUGUUCUUGAAAUAAGAAGGCGUUAUCAAAACAUGUAUAUUCCCAGUGAUUUCUUUUCUACUAACUUUAGAUGGGUUGAUGCUUUCCCACCACAUAUGCCAUUCACUCUUAACAAACCUUGCUCUUUUCAUGUUAUGCAUAAGGAUGUAGAUUCAUGUAUAGAAAAUACUGCAGUACUAGAGCCUUCAGAUGCUGAUUAUCUCUUUUCUGCAAAGGUGAUGCUUAUAUCAAUGCCUGCCAUGGAAGAAAUUUAUAAAAGAUGUUGCGGAGUCUCGGAGGAUAGAGACCCAGAUCGUGAUUAUAUACAUCCUACUCGCCUUAUAAAUUUUUUAGUAGGAUUACGAGGUAAAAAUGAAACAAUGGCCAUUGGUGGGCCAUGGAGUCCUUCCUUGGAUGGACCAAAUCCCGAAAAGGAUCCUUCUGUUUUGAUCAGGACGGCUGUCAGAACCUGUAAAGCACUUACAGGCAUAGAUUUGUCCAGCUGCACUCAGUGGUACCGCUUCCUGGAACUCUACUACAGACGUGCAGAAACGACCCACAAGUCAGGGCGAGUGGUGCCCUCGCGCGUUGAAACCGUGAUACUAUUUCUCCCAGAUGUAUGGAGCUGUGUGCCUACCAGAUUGGAGUGGGAUGGGCUACAACUCAACUAUAAGAAACAACUGGAGCGAAAAUUGCUGCGUGCUGCCUCUAACCCCGACGAUUCGGAUGCUGCCAAUGACACUGAUGAGGCUGCCGUCGCUGAUCAAAAGGAUGAUAUGGCAACAGAAAAGAAAGAUCCAACCCACUAUUCUCAAUUGGACCCAAAAUCUAUGAAUGUGAACGAUUUACGUCAAGAAUUGGUUGCACGAAAUUUAAACUCUAAAGGUCUAAAGUCACAAUUGCUUGCACGUCUUCUAAAGGCUAUGAAGUUGGAACAGGCCAAAGAGGAAGGACGUCAAGAUGAUGUAGAAGAUAAUGAAGAUACAUCACCACCUCCAAAAGAAGAUGAUGAAAAGAAAUUCAAGGAAAAUAAAGAUGUAAAGCAUGAUGAAGAUAAAAGAAAACUAUACGAACGCGAACGAAUUAUACUUGAAAAAAGAUAUACACUACCAGAGUCUUCUCACAUUAUUGUGCAUCCAUCUAGAUCAGCGAAAAAUGGAAAAUUCGAUUGUACUGUAAUGUCAUUGAGUGUCUUACUUGAUUACAGACCAGAGGACACGAAGGAACAUUCCUUCGAGGUGUCUUUAUUUGCCGAGUUAUUUAAUGAAAUGUUAAUGCGAGAUUUUGGUUUUCGCAUAUAUCGAUCAUUAUGUAAUUUGCCUGAAAGACCUAAGGAAAAAGACGAGGAUAAAAAGAAAGAUAAAAAAGAAGAUAAGAGGGACGAGAAAAAAGAUGAUAGAAGACGUGAAGAUGAUCGAAAAUGUAAUAAGAAAGAGGAAAGGAGAGACGAAAAAAAGAGAGAAGGUAGUAAAGAUAAAAAAGAUGAUAAAGAAGCAAAGAACAAAACUGAUGACAAGGAUCGGGAGAAGGAAAAAAAUGACGACGACGACGACGAUGAUUACGAGGAAUCUGAGGAUGACGAUUCAAUUAAGGACGGUAAGAAAGAUAGAGACAAAGACGGGAAAAAAAGAAAAACAAAACUUUACACAUAUGAUCCUUAUUUACUUUUAUCCUUUGUAUAUUUUGAUCAAACACAUUGUGGAUAUAUAUUUGAUAAGGAUAUAGAAGAGCUUAUUUAUACUUUGGGAUUGAACCUGUCUCGAGCACAGGUUCGUAAAUUAGUACAGAAAGUGGUUACUAGAGAUUCUUUGCAUUAUCGCAAAUUAACGGAUAGAGCAAAGGAUGACAACGGAAAGGAUGAGAAGGAUGUAGAUAAAAGUGACAAUGGAAAGGCUCAGAACGAAGAAGAAUUAUUGCGUUCGUUAGCUCUUGGAAACAAAAAAUUAUUACCUGUAUUCGUGUCAAGUGGGCCACCUUCUAAAAGAGCUAGAAGAGAUGAUAAAUCUACAGGAAUAACUGAAGAAGAAUCGAUACCAGAAGGAUUUGUUAUAUAUAAAGGUUCUUUAUUAGACGUUGAGAAAUUAGUAGGUCAAUUGAAAAGAUCAGAAAAAGCUCGUUUAGAUACAGAAAACCGUAUGAUAGAAUUGCAAACUGAAUUAGGGAUUGUUAAUGAAAAGUCAUUAAAACAAGCAAACAAUUUGAAAGGUUUGUCCGAAGAUUUAAAGAUUUACAAAGAUAAAUUAAGAUGUACGGAUGAAAAACUUAAGAAAGUUUCGACUGAAUGCCAUAAUUAUUUAACUGCAGUAAAAAAUAUGUAUCAUAUAGCUUCAAAAAUGGUGCAGGGUGAUAGCAAAAAAGUGGAAAUUGUAGAAAUACAAGAUGAAAAAAUUGUAGCGGAAGUUAAUGGCUCUGAGAUAGAAAAUAAAUGCAAAACUGAUACACGAUGGGGUGAUAGUAAAGUUAUAAUAAAGGAUGAAACUGAUAAAGAUAGAAAAUGUGACAACAAAAUUUCUAUUAAAAAAGAAAUAAUAGAAACCGACAAAGAAAAGAAAUAAAUGAAUGUUGAUAUUCAUAGUGGUAUACACAAAUAAAUACAUUGGGACAUUUUCAUAAUAAAAUAUGAUCGUGUUCAGCAUUGUUAGAAAGCAACUAUAAUAUUAGUUUUUUCACAUGUGAAAGUCAGUGAACAAAAAUUCGAUUUUUAUAACAUUUUGCACCAAAUGGGAAAACAGAAAAACUCGUUAUGCUAGUAGAUUAAUAUAAUGAGUCAAAUGUUUGUUGAUGAAAAUGAUAACAGACGAUAUACCAUACCUAUGCGUUAUUGUUUUAAAUAAAUCCUAUCGAUAUAUAUCUAAGAAAUAAAUUCUUGGGAAUAUUAGUAUAAAUUGGAUCCACCAUAAAAUACCGUAUGGUAACAAAGGAUUAAUUUGCAAAAGUGUAUUUAGAUGUAAUCUCAUAAUUUAUCAGCUAUAUAUAUAAUACGAAAACAUUAAGUUACCGAUGAAUUGUAAAAAUUAACUAAAAUUUCACAUGAAAUAGAAACUUUUAAUGUUUUAUGUUAAAUAUUACUUUUUUAUACUGUUUUUCUCACACACAGCAUAUUUUUCUAAUGCAGUGGAGAAAUAACCUGAUAUAUUUUCCAUAAAAUUUCUUUAUUGGUAUGUACUUUUCAGAGUGAUUACUGAUUGUUGUUACUGUAAUAUAUUAACAUUGCUUUCUAAGCAUGAUAUUAUAUAUAUCAAUUAUGUGGUGUAUAUAUAUAACAAAAUAUAAAAAUGAUUAACCGGUUUUUACAAUAUCAAUGAAACUACAUAUUAUGGUUAUAUACGAUUAGUAAAUAUAAUUUUAACAUUAUGCAUCGUCAAACAUAUGGAUUGUAUAUAAGAAAUCUGUCACCUAAAUUUUUAUAAAUCAGCUGUAUGCAUGAAUAAUCUUGAAUUCGUAAGUGGACAUGAGAAUUAAACUAAGUAUGUUAUAGGAAACAUAUUCAAUAACUAAUAUUUUAUCUUUGGACACGACCUUUUACCAUUUAAAUGGACAAAUCUUUUCGUGUAGCUUAAAUUUUGUUAGUCCCGCAAAUACAAUAACUAUAUCGUAAUAUAAACAGAUAAUAUGUGAGUUGUGUCAUAAUAUAUGCAAUAUUGUAUUUCACUCAUUGAAUAUCUCUUCGAACGAUAUUAUACGUCAUAGAAAUAUUUCUUUUCCCAAAGCACAUAACGUACAGCACAUACUGUAGUAUUUUGUACAUACCUGUGUUACUUGGAAAAAUUGUAAUGCAAGUAGCAGAUAUUACCAUAAGUUGAAAUCAUAUUACAUAUGAAGAAAAUAAACUUAUACUUAAGCAAUGAUAUGGAGUCUAUAAAAAUUACUCACGCGUAAGUAUACUAUUAAAUAAACGGUAGUAAAAAAAUUAAAUAAGUAAAUAAUUAUACCUAUGUUAUACUAUCUUUCUAUAUUUAUUAUACUUUUCUCGAAGGAAGAUAAUUUUCUUAUACUAUUAAUCUACCUUAGAUAUAAAAUUGGAACAGAGAUUGAAAACAUACAAAUAAAAGAACAUUUGUUUUAUUAGCAUGUUAUAUUUAAAACUAUGAAUGUAAACGUAUUUACAAAUGUACAAAUUCAGAGUAAAUUGAUUAAUAUUAUUGAA